CAUUGGAAAAUUCGUGGGUGCGAGUUAAAACGUGAAUUUUGUGUGAAAGUUUUUCAUCAAGCAAUAAGAAAAACAUAAAAUAUAUGUGUAAAUAGAGCCUAUAUAUUAAAUUCUUUCGACAAGGUGCUUCAUCGGCUGAUCAAUUUCCACAGAAGGACAUAACCUUGAAACAGUAUUUUUACUUGUAUCGGCAGAUCUACAGAAUCCUUGUUUUUGCUCGUAAACAGAUACACUUCGAAGGCCUGUCACCGUCAAGACGAUCAAUGUGAAGCAACAAGAAAACGCAAAUAGAAAACUACUUGGCUGGUGAUACAUUAAAGCAAUAAAACGCCGCGCUGAAUCAUUUUGUUACGAUUGAUAACACGCUGGCGUCGAUUUAUUACGUAGAAGAAAUUGCUAUCGAAUGUAUGCCAUUCCAGCUGAAAAAAUAUUAAAAUAACUUCUAUAUACAACGUCGCGCUAGUGUGUUGUGCGCGAUUAUUUAUAUUCAAGAUUUUCACAUUGAACUUGUGAUUACCGUGAUUUGUUUUGUGAAAUCUUUAGUCAUUACCAACUUACAUACGUAAUACGUCAACAAAUAAAGUGUGGUAUUCGUUUGCUCGUCCAUUUAGCUACGACGUCACCAGUACAUGCCUACAUAGUGUUGUUACAUUUGCAAAUAUCGUCACACGCCGGUUCUGUAAAAGGUUUGGGCAGAUAGAUCAACAAUCUAAUUGGCUAAUUAUAACGACAUGCAAGACGAAAAAAUGCUCAGAUCACAAUUGGCUAAAGGUAAGCAUUUAAAAACAAUGCCUUGGUUCGGCAUGGAUAUCGGCGGUACACUUACAAAGCUAGUCUACUUUGAACCAAAGGAUAUAACACCCGACGAACAGGAUCAAGAGGCUGAAAUUCUACGAAAUAUACGUCGUUAUUUGACGAAAAAUUCUGCUUACGGCAAAACAGGACAUCGUGAUACACAUCUACAGAUGGACAACGUUGAGAUACGCAAACGCCGUGGCUCAUUGCAUUUUAUCCGCUUCCAAACAACCGACAUGAGCAAUUUCCUCCUGUUGGCCAAACAAAAGGGCAUGGCCGAACUGGUGACCACCGUUUGUGCAACGGGUGGUGGUGCAUUCAAAUUUGAGAAUGAAUUCCGGCAGCAAGUCAACAUGAAACUCGCCAAAUUCGAUGAACUCGACACGCUCAUCAAAGGCAUACUCUUUGCCGAGGUGCAAAAUCCCACAGAGUGCUAUUUCUAUGAGAAUGCACGUGAUAUUAUGAAAAGUGAAAAGCGCGCUUUUGAUUUCUCGAAACCAUAUCCCUUCAUAUUGGUUAAUGUCGGCUCGGGUGUGUCGAUAUUGGCUGUAUAUGGACCAGACAACUAUAAACGUGUCUCAGGCACAAGUUUGGGUGGUGGUACAUUCCUUGGCCUCUGUUGCUUACUAACCGGCUGCAAUUCAUUCGAGGAGGCUAUACAGCUCGCAACAAAGGGUGACAAUCGUAAAGUGGAUAAACUGGUGCGUGAUAUUUACGGCGGCGACUAUGAUCGCUUUGGCUUAACGGGAGAUUUAGUGGCGUCAAGUUUUGGACAAAUGCACAUUAAGGAUAAACGCUCAUCCGUGUCGCGUGAGGAUUUGGCCAACGCCACAUUGGUAACAAUUACCAAUAAUAUUGGUUCAAUUGCACGCAUGUGUGCGCUAAAUGAAAAAAUGGACAAGGUCGUAUUUGUGGGCAACUUUUUGCGUGUAAAUCCGAUUUCAAUGAAACUACUCGCCUACGCCAUGGAAUUCUGGUCGAAUGGCACACUCAAGGCGCUCUUCCUCGAACACGAAGGCUAUUUCGGUGCAUUAGGUUGCCUAUUGCAGUUCAAUGGUGAAAUUGCGGCCGCAUUGAAUGAGACAGCAGAAACGUCACAACAGACACAAAAAAGCGAAACAACAGCUGAUACUUUUUCAAAUACCAUAAAUUCCACAACUUCGCCACACAGUAAUAAUACCAAUAAUAGUGAUAGUUGAAGUAUAGGGACUGUUGCUAAUAUGUAUUUUUUUUAGUUCGUAGCUCAAAGAAAUUUUAAUAGAAAAGAACUAAAAAUCAAUAAUACAAAAAUUGCUUGAAAAUAAUAAAACGAAAGUAUGUACUAACAAAGAAAAGACAAGACAGCAAAAUCAUAAUCAAAAUAUAGUUAAUUAAUAAUACAUUUUUUAUGUGUUAGUAUAAAAAGGCAAAAGUAUGUAUGUAGUUUUUACGUAUGUAUGUAUAUUUAAUUAAUAAAAAAUAAAACAACAACAACAAAGAAAUAAAAUAAGUUGGUAAAGAGUAAUCACACACGUCCAUAAACUGAAUAUUUAAUUUGUAUAUAAAUUAUAAUAUAAAAUUUUAGGAGCGAAGUUCAACAAUAGACGCGGGGCGUCUAUUUGAAUUAAAAAAUACAUAUAUAAAUAUUGAAUAGUAAAUUUACAAAAAAAACAAAUUUUCAACGAAUUAUUAAAUAAAAUCUCUUGAUAUUUAUGCACAUUAAGUAAAGCUAUAAUGCGCAAACAUUUAUUGUUGUUACAAAAAACACACAUGCUUUGUGAAAUACAGGGUUCGGAUUUUCAGCGUAUUUUUAUUUAAACAAUUUUUCCUCUUAUUAAAUGCACACAAUUUAAACUUAAAACUUAAUAGUAACUAUUGAUAAUGUUAUAAAGUAAAAAAAAUAUAUAUAUUUAAUAUAUAAAGAAUUUAAGGCAUAAAUGGCGCAAAUGGCAUUAUUAAGUAAUAUUAAAAAAAUUAAAAUUAUUUAAAAUUAAACUAGAUAAUUAUUGUAUUAAAAAACGAAGCAAACAGUUGUGCAGUCUUAAAACAUGGUUGGUCAAGCAAUUAGCUGAUUUUAAGCGCAAGAAAAUUUAUGUUGAAGGCACAAGCUUGAUAAAUUUUUGAAUAUUUUUAAUAAAAUUAUUUUAUAUAAAAAAAUGA